AUGACCAACAUCCCAACCCGCUCCCUGCGCACCCCCAUCUCCACCUCGCGCACACCAUUCACCACACCUUUCACAACGCGCCGCACCUUCAUGACUACACCCUCCCUGCGCAUCAAAGAAGACGCAGCACGCACCCCCGAACAAGUCGAAGCCGCAAAGCAGGAGCAGCUCAAGGAGCAGGAAAAGGGCGAGGGCAGAUGGCGCGAGGACCUUGCUAGUCAUGGCGAGAGCAACAUUGCGGCGGAUCGGCAGCAGGUUGGUGAUCAUGAGGAGCAUAUGAAGGAGCUGCAGCGGGAGGGGAAGGAGAAGGGGGAGAAGGGGGAGAUGUAA